AUGGCUGUGAACUUGAGCCGGAACGGGCCGGCGCUGCAGGAGGCCUACGAGCGAGUGGUCAACGAGAAGUCCCCGACCGACUGGGCCCUCUUCACCUAUGAAGGAAACAGCAAUGACAUCCGUGUGGCUGGCACUGGGGCCAUCACAGCAGGAGGAAAGACACUCGGGGUGCAGAGGUGUCCCCUGCAUGUGGCGUGACUGCAGUGACACCUCCCCUGGCUAAGGAGGGGGGCCUGGAGGAGAUGAUGGAGGAGCUCAACAGUGGGAAGGUGAUGUACGCCUUCUGCAGGGUGAAGGACCCCAACUCCGGCCUGCCCAAGUUUGUCCUCAUCAACUGGACUGGCGAGGGCGUGAAUGACGUGCGGAAGGGAGCUUGCGCCAACCACGUCAGCACCAUGGCCAGCUUCCUGAAGGGGGCCCAUGUGACCAUCAAUGCCAGGGCCGAGGAGGACGUGGAGCCCGAGUGCAUCAUGCAGAAGGUGGCCAGGGCCUCAGGUGCCAACUACACCUUCCACAGGGAGAGCAGCCGCUUUCAGGACAUGGGCCCCCAGGCCCCAGUGGGCUCUGUGUACCAGAAGACCAACGCUGUGUCUGAGAUCAAAAGGGUUGGCAAAGACAGCUUCUGGGCCAAAGCAGAGAAGGAGGAGGAGAACCGCAGGCUGGAGGAGAAGCGGCGGGCGGAGGAGGAGCGCCAGCGGCUGGAGCAGGAGCGCCGGGAGCGGGAGCUGCGGGAGGCUGCCCUCAGGGAGCAGCGCUAUCAGGAGCAGAGCAGGAAGCACGAGAAGCAUGAAGUGGAUUCAAGGAGCAGAGAGGAGCCGGAGCCUGUCUGUCCACAGCCAGCACACCCGCGGGAGAUUUUCAAGCAGAAGGAGAGGGCCAUGUCCACCACAUCCAUCUCCAGCCCCCAGCCAGGCAAGCUGAGGAGCCCCUUCCUGCAGAAGCAGUUCACCCAGCCAGAGACCACCCUCAGCAGAGAGUCAGCUCCCGCCCCCUCAAGGCCCAAGGCAGAUCUCCGCGAGGAGCCAGUGCCCAGCACCCCUCCGUGUUCGGUGCAGGUAGAAGAGGAGGCCGUGUACGAGGAGCCCCCAGAGCAGGAGACCUUCUACGAGGAGCCUCCGAUGGUGCAGCAGCAAGAUGCCGUCUCUGAGCACAUGGACCACUACCCAGGGCUAAGUGGGAAAGGGCUUUGUGCCCGGGCCCUGUAUGACUACCAGGCAGCCGACGAGACCGAGAUCUCCUUUGACCCUGAGAACCUCAUCACGGGCAUUGAGUGCACGGAGGCCAAAAAGCAUUGCUGGUAUUUUGAAGGACUCUAUCCAACAUAUUAUAUAUGCCGCCCUUUCGAGGACUGCUGUGGCUCCAGGUGCUGUGUGCGGGCCCUCUCCAUACAGAGGCUGUGGUACUUUUGGUUCCUCCUGAUGAUGGGCGUGCUCUUCUGCUGUGGAGCCGGCUUCUUCAUCCGGAGGCGCAUGUACCCCCCGCCGCUGAUCGAGGAGCCGGCGUUCAAUGUGUCCUACACCAGGCAGCCCCCGAAUGCCACUCCAGGAGCCCAGCAGCUGGGGCUGCCGUAUUACACUGACCCUGGAGGACCAGGGAUGAAUCCUGCUGGGAACCCCGUGGCGAUGGCUUUCCAGGUCCAACCCAACUCACCCCAGGGAAGCAUGGCCUACCCGCCGCCCCCUUCCUACUGCAACACACCCCCACCCCCAUAUGAACAGGUGGUGAAGGCCAAGUAGCUGGGGGCUGCCCAGCACCUGCCUGUGCAACGUGGCAGGGGAGGCAGGGAGAGGCUGUCACUCACCCUCCAUGUCCCCAUCACUGUUCACUUCCAGGAAUGGUCUUAUGAGCCACUAAGGGCAAAUUCCUUUUUGAUAUCUUCCAAGCAAGCACAGCUUCCUUUCAAAUUUUCCUUGGAGGACCAAUAUUUGAAUUCACCCCAUUGUCUCCUCUGUUGCUUCUGUUUCCAAUGUCAUCUGUGCUCUGGCUGAGGGGACAGUCAACCCUUGGGAGGGUUGCCCAGACCCUCAGGGGAGAGACCCUGUGGGAAGGUGAGGCAGGGCGCCUGCUGGUGAGUACACGUGAACGCCAGGAGGGCCCCAGGAAGGCCCCGCCCAUGGCAGGCUGCUCAUCUGAAACGAGGCCCCACAGACCCAGCUGUGUGAGCCCCAAGCCCGCGAGUCUUCCUCGUCAAAAAGCUGUUAGAGAAACAGACGGUGGAGGCACAGCCUCUGAGCCCUCUCUUCUCCAUCUCCUUCCUGAAGAGCAGAGCAGCUGCCCUCUGCACAACCCGGGGCUGGCAGACACUGGGUACAGCUUGCACCUCAAGGAGAUGAGGCUCCGGAAUCCAGCCAAGUUCAUGUCUAUAGUUAUCUGAAAAUCACUAUGGAAAGUUAUUUACAUUCAUGGGAAACUACCCCCUGCCUCAAACCAGAGGUUGCACUUUCUGAGCCCUUUUUAAUGUGUCUGUGGAAGGUGAUGUGGAGUCCUGUCCUGAGGUCAGACUCGGAGUCUUUCUUGGAUGUCAGCAGCUCCCUGGCCUGUGAUCACUGCCAGGCAUCUCUGCACCUUCCCCUGAGGUAGCUCUGAGGGUGGGUCGUGAUGGACACUUUCAAAGCAGAGAGGCACGUCCGCUGAGAAGCCACAUCACCCCUGGAGAGAAGCAUCCCGGCAGGGAACAGCCAGUGCCUUGAGCCUGUGGUGGGCAGGCCUGGGCCCUGGCUGAUCGAUCUCAGCAGGUGUACGCUGGGCUUGCUAAGAGAAAGAAGGGAGCACAGAACCCCAGGACUGCAGAAAGAUCUCUUCAAAAAGGACUGAAUUGAUUCCACGGAUGAGUUAAUCAAAAUUAGAAUAAAGAAGAUGUAGUUGAAAAUGCAAACCCUGGCUCAGAAACCUCUCUGGCCUUGGCAUUAUAUGUAAUUCUUGGGUUGUCAGGGGACUGGAGUCCUGUUCCUCUGUGUAGUUAGUAAAGCCCACGAUUGUGUAUUUAAACCCAGAUUGAGACCUGACAGGUCAUGUAUAGGAAAGGCAAAGCAGCGUAGCCAAGACGUGUAGACCCCUGUAUGUGUAGUAGUGGGGCUGGUGGUGGGGAUGGGGUGCUGAUUUUUGAAAUGAACUAAUCAGAGCCUCUUGAAAAGUUGUCACUUAUUGAACUUGAGCAUCAGGACAUCUUACUGGAGUGGAUGCUCAGUGUUUUCAUUCCCCAGCCCUAGUCUCCGUGUCCCUGCUGUAUGGAGUAGGAGUGAAGAAUCAGGACUGGGCCACAGUGACUUACCUUUUCUAAGAAUGGAGAAUCUGGAAGCCUCCCUGGGAAUUCUGUGGGACACUCUUGGAGCCAGAUGAGCACCUUGGAAACAGUCUGUGAACACAGAUGCUGCUGCCGGUGUCUUUGACCACUGAGUGUGAGCUCUGAAUUCCCACCCCAACUUUAGGACCUCUCCGCACCCAAGUCCUUGAUUUGAAUGAGACCACAAAGCACAACAUUUGCUGUUUACAACCCAAGACAACUACACGGGUCCAAAAGUUCCUUUUCCUCCAGGUCAUUCGUUUUGCAUUUUCAGUUUCUCCCUUUACUGUUCUGAUGAGGAAGCACCCCGAGAGCUGCCCCUGGAGUCGGAUUGGGUGCAGCUGAGCCGGCACCCAAAUGUCCAUGACGAAAUUUUGUUUAUCUUUUUGAUAGCAAAUGAUCUUGGGACUGAAUGAUUUAGGUAGCACUCAACAAUUUUAUGUUCAUGUUCCUGUGAGAUGAAUUUUGUUCUACCUUGAACCUGGGUGAAAAGCCACUACAGUGAGCACUGACACUGUAUGUGAGACUUCCACUCGCAGUGACGUUUCCUGCCCACCCCGUGUCCCCCAUGCUGUCAGUGGGGCCAGUCUAGCUCGUGGUGUGUGAAGUUCUGUGGAGUUUGUGGCUACGAGUGAGCUGGGAGUAAGGCUGUGCCUGCUUUUCCUUUGGUAGCACUUGGGUCAUUUCUCCUUUUUGUUCUUUUGAUAGGGUCAUGAUUCCUCUGUAUGCAGAAUAAAAAUAAAUUUGGGCAUGCGCUUUGACUGUUUUGCUGGGGAGUGGGGAAGAAGGUAGAGAUGGCGUUUCUAAAGGAGGACGCACAGAGGGCUCUCAGUUCAGCCUGGUGGGGGUGGAGUGGCUGGGGGAUGCACCCAAUCUCAGGAGAACUGGAAAUUAGAUGCUUUCCAAGAAUAUAAGGAACUUCUGUUUCACCAACACAUUUUGUAAAUCUAGCUAAGGGGACUUCCCUGGUGGUCCAGUGGUUAAGAAUCUGGCUUCCAGUGCAGGGGAUGUGGGUUCAAUCCCUGGUCCGAGAACUAAGAUCCUACAUGCCUCAGGACAGCUAAGCCCACACGACACAACUAGAGAAGCCUGCACACUGCAACGAAGACCCAGCGCAGCCAAAAAAAAAAAAAAAAAAUCUAGCUAUGGAAAAAACUGAAUAGGAAGACAGAGGUGUUAAUUACGUGAACUGACAGCUAAUAUUGAUAUUAGUUAUCUGGGGGCCUGGGUGUGCUUUGUAUAGGUAGGGUAACCUUGAUUUUAAAAUCCAGCACUAUUUGGUCAGAAAAUGUAUUUCUCGCAGAUCUAAAGCUGCUAUAGUUAAGCUGUAUUUUAGAUGAAUCACUAACUGAGAUGAUGUUUAUAAAGAAAUGUUUUAUAAUUUACUAUCUUAAAACAGGGCAGGAAAUAAGGCAGAAGAGGCCAGACAGCCUGCUGGCGGGGAACACAGAGCUAAUUUACCCGCCUCACUGGACAUGCCCCCUGGUGACCAGCUUCCCCCAGUGAAAUGGGAGCAAGGUCAUUUACACAGCAAAGGUCAUGACUGGAGGUGGCAAACAGUGUACUUACUGGUGUGUGUCCCUCCCAAAUUUAACUGAACUCCAAAAGUCCAUAAUAGUUCUCAAGGCGAGAAGUGCAAGAUCAGAAAUUGUGAGUUAUUUUUGAAACAGAAGGUGGCAGGUGGGAUUAACUGAUGAAUAAACAGGUCUGAGAAGAUGGGAGCCUGACAGUGUGCUGAAAAGUUUCAAUGACUCACAUGAUCUCAUUUUCCUCAACUGCAAAAUGAGGAUCAUACUACUUGUUGCUUACACUGGGCACAUUAUGGGCACUCAACAGAUGUUACAGGGCUUCCCUGGUGGCACAGUGGUUAAGAAGCCGCCUGCCAGUGCAGGGGACACAGGUUCGAUCCCUGGGCUGGAAACAUCCCACAUGCUGCGGAGCAGCUAAGCCUGUGCUCCAUGACUACUGAGCCUGUGCUCUAGAGCCCGCAAGCCACAACUGAGCCCAUGGGCCACAGCUGCUGAAGCCUGUGCACCUAGAGCCCAUGCUCUGCAGCCAACGCAAUGAGAAGCCCACGCACCACAACGAAGAGUUGCCCCCGCUGGCUGCAACUAGAGAAAGCCCGCAGGCAGCAACGAAGACCCAACACAGCCAAUAAAUAAAAGUAAUUAAUUAAUUAAAAACAAAGUUUACAAGGAGAAAUGCUUUUAGAUGUAUGUCCUAGACCAGGA